CCAGCUCGCCAUCGUCAACCACCUCGCCCAACGCCCAACGACCAGUCCACCCAGUCCGGAUCACCGUCAGUCGACAACACCGUUAAAAUGGCCCCCAUCAAGAAGAGCAAGAAGGAUGCCAACAGCAUCAACUCCAAGCUUGCCCUUGUCCUCAAGAGCGGUAAGGUCGUGAUGGGCUACAAGAGCACCCUCAAGAGCCUCCGCUCCGGCAAGGCCAAGCUCAUCCUGAUCGCUGGCAACACUCCUCCCCUCCGCAAGUCCGAGCUCGAGUACUACGCCAUGCUUUCUAAGGCCCCUGUCCACCACUUCACUGGCACCAACAUUGAGCUCGGUACCGCCUGCGGUAAGCUCUUCCGUGUCGGCGUUAUGGCCAUCACGGAUGCCGGUGACUCCGACAUCCUUGCUGACCAGCAGGCUUAAAUGCCUCGCGGCGCGAGGAUGGGGAAAAAAACGGCGUUGGGGAUCGGUUCAAGAAUAAGGCAUGACGGCAUGAUCUUGUUGGUUGCGGGGACAGGCCUCGCGCGAGCAUUAUACCCUUCAGAGUAGCAGUUCAUGUCACUGCACAUCUCAUAGAUGACCACCGAAGCCUUCU